AUGUCCGAGGCUGGCGGGGCCGGGCCGGGCGGCUGCGGGGCAGGAGUCGGGGCAGGGGCCGGGGCCGGGGCGCUGCCCCCUCCGCCCGCAGCGCUGCCGCCCGCGCCGCCGCAGGGCUCCCCCUGUGCCGCCGCCGCCGCCGCCGCCGGGGGCUCGGGCGCCUGCGGUCCGGCGACAGCAGUGGCUGCGGCUGGCACGGCCUAAGGACCGGGAGGCGGUGGCUCGGCCCGGAUCGCGGUGAAGAAGGCUCAGCUGCGCUCCGCCCCGCAGGCCAAGAAACUGGAGAAACUCGGAGUGUACUCCGCCUGCAAGGCCGAGGAAUCCUGUAAAUGUAAUGGCUGGAAAAACCCCAACCCCUCUCCCACUCCCCCCAGAGCCGAUCUGCAGCAGAUCAUUGUCAGUCUCACGGAAUCCUGCCAGAGUUGUAGCCAUGCCCUAGCUGCUCAUGUUUCCCACCUGGAGAAUGUGUCAGAGGAAGAAAUGAACAGACUCCUGGGAAUAGUGUUGGAUGUGGAAUAUCUCUUUACCUGCGUCCACAAGGAAGAAGAUGCAGAUACCAAACAAGUUUAUUUCUAUCUCUUCAAGCUCUUGAGAAAAUCUAUUUUACAAAGAGGAAAACCUGUGGUUGAAGGCUCUUUGGAGAAGAAGCCUCCAUUUGAAAAACCUAGUAUUGAGCAGGGUGUGAAUAACUUUGUCCAGUACAAAUUUAGUCACCUACCAUAAAAAGAAAGGCAAACGAUUGUUGAGUUGGCCAAAAUGUUCCUAAACCGCAUCAACUAUUGGCAUCUGGAGGCACCAUCUCAACGUAGACUACGAUCUCCCAACGAUGAUAUUUCUGGAUACAAAGAGAACUACACAAGGUGGCUGUGUUACUGCAAUGUGCCACAGUUCUGUGACAGUCUACCUCGGUAUGAAACCACCCAGGUGUUCGGGAGAACAUUGCUUCGCUCAGUCUUCACUGUCAUGAGGCGACAGCUCCUGGAACAAGCAAGACAGGAAAAAGACAAACUGCCUCUUGAGAAACGAACUCUAAUCCUCACCCAUUUCCCAAAGUUUUUGUCCAUAUUAGAGGAAGAAGUUUAUAGUCAAAACUCUCCUAUCUGGGAUCAGGAUUUUCUUUCAGCCUCUUCCAGAACCAGCCAGCUAGGAAUCCAAACAGUUAUCAAUCCACCUCCUGUGGCUGGGACAGUUUCAUACAAUUCAAACUCAUCUUCUCUUGAGCAGCCAAAUGGAGGGAGCACCAGUCCUGCUUGCAAAGCCUCUUCUGGGCUUGAGGCAAACCCAGGAGAAAAGAGGAAAAUGAAUGACUCUCACGUUCUGGAGGAGGCCAAGAGACCCCGAGUUAUGGGGGAUAUUCCUAUGGAAUUGAUCAAUGAGGUCAUGUCUACCAUCACAGACCCUGCAGCGAUGCUUGGACCAGAGACCAAUUUUUUGUCAGCACAUUCGGCUAGGGACGAGGCAGCAAGGCUGGAAGAACGGAGAGGUGUAAUCGAGUUUCAUGUGAUCGGCAAUUCCCUGAACCAGAAACCAAACAAGAAGAUCCUGAUGUGGCUGGUUGGCCUACAGAAUGUGUUCUCCCAUCAGCUGCCCCGAAUGCCAAAAGAAUACAUCACACGGCUUGUCUGACCGAAACACAAAACCCUUGCUUUAAUUAAAGAUGGCCGUGUUAUUGGUGGUAUCUGUUUCCGUAUGUUCCCAUCCCAAGGAUUCGCAGAGAUUGUUUUCUGUGCUGUAACCUCAAAUGAGCAAGUCAAGGGCUAUGGAACACAUCUGAUGAAUCAUUUGAAAGAAUAUCAUAUAAAACAUGACAUCCUGAACUUCCUCACAUAUGCAGAUGAAUAUGCAAUCGGAUACUUCAAGAAACAGGGUUUUUCCAAAGAAAUUAAAAUACCUAAAACCAAAUACGUGGGCUACAUCAAGGAUUAUGAAGGCGCCACUUUGAUGGGAUGUGAGCUAAAUCCCCGAAUUCCAUACACAGAAUUUUCCGUCAUUAUUAAAAAGCAGAAGGAGAUAAUUAAAAAGCUGAUAGAACGAAAACAGGCCCAGAUUCGUAAAGUCUACCCUGGACUUUCCUGUUUUAAAGAUGGAGUUCGACAGAUUCCUAUAGAAAGCAUUCCUGGAAUUAGAGAGACAGGCUGGAAACCAAGUGGAAAAGAGAAAAGUAAAGAGCCCAAAGAUCCUGACCAACUGUACAGCACCCUCAAGAGCAUCCUCCAGCAGGUGAAGAGCCAUCAAAGCGCUUGGCCCUUCAUGGAACCUGUGAAGAGAACAGAAGCUCCCGGAUAUUAUGAAGUUAUAAGGUUCCCCAUGGAUCUGAAAACCAUGAGUGAACGCCUCAAGAAUAGGUACUACGUGUCUAAGAAAUUAUUCAUGGCAGACUUACAGCGAGUUUUUACCAAUUGCAAAGAGUACAACCCCCCUGAGAGUGAAUACUACAAAUGUGCCAAUAUCCUGGAGAAAUUCUUCUUCAGUAAAAUUAAGGAAGCUGGAUUAAUUGACAAGUGAUUUCUUUUCCCUCUGCUUCUUAGAAACUCAUUGAGCAGUGUGCCUAAAGCAAGGUGGUUUAGUUUUUUAAAGAAUUGGAUGAUAUGUUGAAGAGACUUGUAAAUGUAAUAAUUAGCACUUUUGAAAAACAGAAAAACCUCCUUUUAGCUUUCAGAUAUGUAUUUAAAUUGAAGUCAUAGAACAUUUUUAUUUUAUGGAAUAGAUUUUAAUCUAUUUACUACUAUUAUGUAAAUUUUCUAUGGCAUGUCCGUUAGCCAACUAUUCCAUGAUAGAUGAUCAGGUGUUUCCUCAAAACCUGUAUGUGAGGAAAUUGCACAUAGUACCAUGAUUUGGGGGAAUCUAGAAAAUUUUCAGACCAUGAAUGUUUCCAUUUUUUUCUAAUGGAAUGUGAGAGUUUAUUUUUAUUUUAUUCUGAAGGACUUUAAGGAAGGGAUACAUGAUAAAGAGCCCUGUAAAAGGUUAAAUAUGUGAUGUUGAAGUCUCAUUGUAGACUUUUUAUAUAUAUAUAUUUUUAAAACACUCAUCUAGAUGAGGUGCUUUGAGCAGUUCUGAAAAAUGCAGUUUCACAAAAGCAAACUGCUUUGAUUCCUAAGGAACAAAUUCUAAAUAAUGCAAACUUUUUAUAAGCAUCUGGGGUUUUGAUAAUUCUGUGUACCUACAACAAAUUUGUGAGUGUAUAACCACUAUUUCUAUAAUUCUUUUCUCUACAUAAAAAUGUAAUAUCAUGUUGACUUAGCUUAUGCAGGCCAUAAGUUCCAAAAGAUAAUUUCCUAGGCCACAAAGGCAUACACUUGAAAACACUUGAGAUCAAAUCAAUGUGCUUUAAUAGGAAAAGAUGUGAUAGUCAAUACAUCUAUCAAUCUGGUGAGUCUUUGCUCUAAUAAAUGAGGAUUUUUUCCUCUUUUUGUGAUACACACAA